CGCCGUCCGCGGGGAGCCCCAGGCUCGCGGCGGCCCCAGCGAGAAGGUAACAGUAACUAAUGUGCAAAUUGGCCCCAUGAGAUUUCAUCCAGAUCAACUCCAGGUACUUUUAGUGUUUACCAAAGAAGAUAACCAGUGUAACGGGUUCUGUAAGGCAUGUGAAAAAGCAGGGUUUAAAUGUACAGUUACCAAGGAGUCUCAGGCUGUCCUUGCCUGUUUCCUGGCCACACACCACGACAUCAUCAUCAUAGACCACAGAAAUCCCCGAAAUCUGGAUGCAGAGGCGCUGUGCAGGUCUAUUAGAUCAUCAAAAUUCUCAGAAAACACAGUUAUUAUUGGUGUAGUACGCAGGAGGGAUAAAGAAGACUCGUCAGUAAUGCCCCUCAUUGCUGCUGGCUUUACGAGGAGGUAUGUGGAAAACCCUAACCUCAUGGCCUGUUACAAUGAGCUGCUCCAGCUGGAGUUUGGAGAGGUGCGGUCACAGCUGAAACUCAGGGCUUGUAACCCAGUAUUCACUGCAGUGGAGAAAAGUCAAGAAGCCGUUGAAAUUAUAAGUGACACCAACCUGAUACAGUACGCAAACCCUGCAUUUGAGUCAACAAUGGGCUAUGCAUCAGGUGAACUAAUAGGGAAGGACUUAGGAGAAGUGCCUAUACAUGAAAAAAAGGCUGAGCUGCUCGAUACUAUAAAUUCAUGCAUCAAGUUGGGCAAGGAGUGGCACGGAAUUUACUACGCCAAAAAUGGAGAUAAUGUGCAACAAAGUGUGAAGAUAAUACCUGUCAUUGGACAGGGAGGAAAAAUUAGACACUAUGUAUCCAUUAUCAGAGUGUGCAACGAUAAGGCUGAGAAAAUAACUGAAUGUGUUCAGUGUGACACUCACACAGAUAAUCAGUCAGGCAAACAUAAAGACAACAGAAAAAGUUCGCUAGAUGUCAGAACUGUUUCCUCUCGAACAAGUGAAGUGUCUAGCCAGAGACGACACUCCUCCAUGGCCCGGAUACAUUCUAUGACCAUUGAGGCGCCCAUCAACAAGGUGAUCAAUAUCAUCAACGCUGCCCAGGAAAACGGCCCCGUUUCCGUGACAGAAGCCUUAGACCGUGUGCUGGAGAUUCUAAGAACCUCCGAAUUAUACUCACCACAGUUCGGUGCUAAGGAUGAUGAUCCUCACGGCAGUGACCUCGUUGGGGGCCUGAUGUCUGAUGGUUUGCGAAGACUAUCUGGGAAUGAACAUGCUCUUUCAACAAAAAACCUUCAAGUUCCGAGCAAUGCAGCCACCCCCAUAUCCCUUCACGACGUCCCACUGCAGAUAGCUCAGGCCAUGGAACACGAGGACUACUGGGACUUUGACAUUUUUGAGCUGGAGGCAGCCACUCAGAAGAGGCCUUUAAUUUAUCUCGGUCUCAAAAUCUUUGCUCGCUUUGGAAUCUGUGAAUUCUUAAACUGCUCCGAAACAACACUGAGAUCAUGGUUACAAAUUAUUGAAGCCCAUUACCAUUCUUCUAACCCCUACCACAAUUCUACGCAUGCUGCCGACGUGCUUCACGCCACUGCCUACUUCCUCUGCAGAGAAAGGGUAAAGCAAACUUUAGAUUCCGUCGACGAGGCCGCUGCCCUCAUUGCAGCCACGAUCCAUGACGUGGACCACCCCGGGAGGACCAGCGCCUUCCUGUGCAACGCCGGGAGCGAGCUGGCCAUCCUGUACAACGACAUCGCCGUGCUGGAGAGCCACCACGCCGCCUUGGCCUUCCAGCUCACCACUGGCGAUGACAAGUGCAACAUCUUCAAGCACAUGGCCAGGAAUGACUACUGGACACUGCGCCACACUAUUAUUGACAUGGUCUUGGCUACAGAGAUGACAAAGCACUUCGAGCAUGUCAACAAGUUUAUCAACAGCGUCAACAAGCCUUUGGCAGAACUAGAAGAAAAUAUGGUAACUGACAAAGACCAAGCAGCCAUAAACACUGUGCUCAGGACUCCGGAGAACCGAACUCUGAUCAAACGAAUGCUGAUUAAGUGUGCUGAUGUGUCCAAUCCCUGCAGACCCUUGGAGCAGUGUAUUGAGUGGGCCGCACGCAUCUCAGAAGAAUAUUUUUCUCAGACCGAGGAAGAGAAGCAGCGGGACCUGCCGGUGGUGAUGCCGGCCUUUGACAGAAAGACCUGCAGCAUCCCCAAGGCCCAGAUCUCCUUCAUGGACUACUUCAUCACAGGCAUGUUCGAUGCUUGGGACGCCUUUGUCAACCUGCCAGAGUUACUGCAGCAUCUGGACAACAACUUCAAAUACUGGGAAGGACUCGACAAGAUGAAGCUGCGGAGCCUCCGACCACCUCCACCCCCGGAACCAAAAUAGGGAAGAGCUCCUCCUGUAUAGAAACUGGGCCUCUGAAACCACUCUACCCACCUGAUGUGCUUUGCCAAUGACUCUGCAAAUUAAAAGAAAUUAAGACUGAACACUGUUUUCGUAAAAUUUUAUUAAUGACUUUUCCAAAAGUUUGCCUUACUUUGUAGAGUGUUUAUACAGAAUAUUCUCAUAGAAACAAACAGCAAACAUGGAAUAUUUACUAAAUUGACUUUUAAAAAAAUUAUCUUUAUUAUUGAACGUAUUACAGAUGUCCCAUUGAUCCCCUAAGUUGACUUUUUAAGACCAAUCUGUUUUCACCUUCAGUGGUAAUUUUUUAAAAUGUAUCUUUAUUGUUGAAAGAAUUAUAGAUGUCCGUCCUUCCCCACUCCCACGUAAGUGGUCGUUUUAAAUUCCAGAUAUUUAUAAAGGUUCUGUAUCUUCACACUUUCAAUAAAUGUAGUACCAUAAAAAAUGACACAUGAUGACAUAUC